CUCCCAAAUAUAUAAUGCCCCCUCCCAAAUCGUCUUCCACAAUACACCACCUGCAAACGCUUUCAAAACAACCUUCAUCUUCCCUUCCAUGGCUGCUGCUGCUUCUUGUUCUUCUUCCCUUGUCAUUUCCCCAAGAAAGCUUCGCUCUGAUGUCUAUUCCUACUCAUACCAGGAAGAUUCCAACACGCCAUUGGUGAUAAACGUUGUAGCUUCUGUGAUUGAGAGGAGCUUGGCCAGAACCGAGAGGAUCGUCAAGAAUUGUUCGUGGGCUUUGUGUAAAUCAAUCGGCAUUAGCAUCUUCGAUUGCAGAGAGAUCCCAGAUUUGACUAUUCAGUCCUAUUUAGAGAGAAUUUCCCGAUACACUCGUGCCGGUCCAUCGGUCUAUGUCGUCGCUUAUGUCUACAUUGAUCGGUUUUGCCAGAACAAUCCUGGGUUCCGAAUCAAUUCAAGAAACGUCCACAGGCUUCUCAUUACAACUAUCAUGGUGGCUUCUAAGUAUGUCGAAGACAUGAAUUACAAAAAUUCAUAUUUUGCAAGAGUUGGUGGGUUGACAACAAAAGAAUUGAACGACUUGGAGGUGGAAUUUCUGUUCAUGAUGGGGUUCAAGCUGCACGUGAAUGUAAGCGUGUUUGAGAGUUAUUGUAGCCAUUUGGAGAGGGAAGUGAGCAUUGGAGGAGGCUAUCACAUAGAGAGAACACUGAGAUGUGCAGAAGAAAUCAAAACAAGGCACAGAGAAGAAAGGGGUUAUACUCAGAUUGGUCGUGUGAUGUUGUAAGAUUAAUUCAUGAGGAAAUUUUUUCUGCGUUUUGGUCUCUUUCUUCUCUGCUUGCAAUGCAAAAACCACAGAAAGAGACCUAAU